CAGCCAAAGCGAAUGCUAGUCAUUUUCGGUUCCUGCACAAGAACGGGUGUGUCCGAAACAGAAACACAAGCCGACAUUUAUAUUUUGUUUUUGACAGUGGCGCUCCUAAGUCAAAUCACGUGCCUCUAACUAUACUCCAGUGAAACUCUUGGUCUAAAGUUACCUGCAUUCGUCUUAUAUACAAUUUCUACGAUGCACAAAUACGCAUAAAUAAAAUUAAUUUUAAUAAAAAUUUUAUACAUUUUGUGGACGCACGUAGUUCUUUUGGACUGCCGAAAAUUGUAUAUGCUAGUGAUAUUAGUUUUAGCAAAGUUGCUUUCAUAAUUUAAAUUACAAAAAACAAAAAAAACAAAUAUUUACAUAAUAUAACGUUACUAGCAGGGCAUAGGGAAGACUUGCAACCGAAGCAAUCGUUGCAAAAAUUAUAUACAUUUUUUAUUUAAAAAAAAUUCAGCUUUACGUGCCUAUGGAUCCACUUACUCUGCUGAUCAUCAUAUGUUGGCUGGUACUGGCACUUUUAUUCAGUCCGAUCUUGUUCUUCGUGUGCAUUUAUUUACCUGAGCUACCUGUUAGAUACAUAAAACGCAUUCGAGCAUCUUAAGUUAGACGAGUAUUUUUUAUUCAUAUAUACAUAUGUAUGUCAUUAUAAACAACAACUUAAUCGUAAGCUUUCAAUAAACUUAUUUUUUAUUGUUAACUUAA